AUGUCCCGCUUCACCCGCAGCGCCAAAAGGGCCCUCCACCCCCUCGCGCUGCUGGCCACCACCUCGGGCGCGCUGUAUUACAUGUACCGACCUCGCAACAUCCCCGGCUACGAAGGCCCCGUCGUGCCACCCCCCAUCUUCGGCGCAGACGGCACGUUCAAGCUCCCUCGUUUUCCAAAACUAAAGUCCAGGCUGGAGCAGAUCAACGACCUCAAGCGAUCCAACACGGAAGAAGAGUAUGACAUUCUCGUCAUUGGCGCGGGAGCCACCGGGUCAGGCGUGGCUCUUGAUGCCGCGACCCGAGGGUUAAAAGUGGCUGUUGUUGAAAGGGAUGAUUUUUCCUCGGGGACAAGCUCGAAGAGUACAAAGCUUGUUCAUGGCGGGGUGAGGUAUCUGGAGAAGGCGGUUUGGAAUUUGGACUGGGCGCAGUAUGAGCUUGUCAGGGAGGCGUUGAAGGAGAGGACGUAUUUUUUGCAGACAGCGCCGCAUUUGAGCAUGUGGUUGCCGAUUAUGCUGCCGUUGGACAGGUGGUGGAAGGUGCCUUACUAUUGGGCGGGGACCAAGUUUUAUGAUUUUUUGGCGGGGAGUGAGGGGAUUGAGAGUAGUUAUUUUUUGACGAGGUCGAAGGCUAUUGAUGCUUUUCCGAUGUUGAAGCAGGAGGGGUUGAUUGGGGCGUUGGUUUAUUAUGAUGGGGCGCAUAAUGAUAGUAGGAUGAAUGUGAGUAUCGGGGUUACGGCUGGGUUGUAUGGGGCGACGGUGGUGAACCAUUUGGAGGUGAAGGGGUUGUUGAAGGGGGAGGAUGGGAGGUUGAGGGGGGCGGAGGUGGUGGAUAAUAUUGGGGAGCGGGAUGGGAAGCAAGGGGAGAGGUUUAAUAUUAGGGCCAAGUGUGUUAUCAACUGUACGGGGCCGUUUACGGAUGGGAUAAGGAAGAUGGAUGAUCCUGGGUGUAAGGAGAUCGUGGCGCCGGCGUCGGGGGUGCAUAUCAUCUUGCCGGGGUAUUAUUCGCCGGGGAAGAUGGGGUUGAUUGAUCCGUCGACGUCGGACGGGAGGGUUAUUUUCUUCUUGCCGUGGCAGGGGAAUACGAUUGCUGGAACGACGGACGAGCCGGCGCAGAUUACCAAGGAUCCGUUGCCGGAUGAAAAGUCGAUUCAGUGGAUUUUGAACGAGGUUAGUCAUUACCUCUCGCCGGAUAUCAAUGUGAGGAGGGGGGAUGUUUUGGCUGCUUGGUCUGGGCUGAGGCCGUUGGUGAAGGACCCCAAGGCGAAGAACACGGAGUCGCUGGUGAGGAAUCAUCUCAUUGACAUCAGUGAGAGCGGGCUUGUGACUUGCGCCGGCGGAAAGUGGACGACAUAUCGACAGAUGGCCGAGGAGUGUGUGGACGCGGCGAUAAGGGAAUUUGGGCUGAAGCCAAAGCCUAUCACGAACCCCCCGAUGAUCAGCGGGACGGAGCAUGUCACAGAUGAUGCUACACUUGAUGGGACUUGCCAGACCCACCGGGUGAGGCUCGUUGGUGCCCACGGCUGGUCACGAACAUUGUUCAUCCACUUGAUUCAGCACUUUGGCGUCGAAACAGAGGUGGCCAAGCACCUGACGGAAAGCUAUGGUGACAGAGCCUGGACAGUCGCUUCGCUGUGCCGACCGACGGACAAGAGAUUCCCGGCGAGGGGAGAAAGGAUCUCACAGUUGUAUCCUUUUGUGGAUGGCGAGGUGAGGUACGCUGUUCGUCACGAGUUUGCGCAGACGGCGGUGGAUGUGCUGGCGAGGAGGAUGAGGCUGGCCUUCUUGAACGCUCAAGCUUCACUGGAGGCGCUGCCGAAGAUCAUUGACAUCAUGGCUGAUGAGCUGGGGUGGAGCAAGAAGAGAAUGGAUCUUGAAUGGAGAGAGAGUAAGUCUUCCAGAAUAAGGGGUCUAUUGAUAUGGUUGCUAACAUGUGUGAACAGCUGUGAAAUUCCUCGAGUCCAUGGGCCUCCCUCAGCCAUUGUUGUCAGCGACACGAAAGCAGGUCGAGCAGGGCAAGAUUGA